GCUGCUAGGGUAACGUUAUCGUCGCGUUCACAUUCCUGCAGUUGCGGAAUUACGACGUUUAAUGUGCAUCUGAGAGAAAUGAUCAUGUCUCAUUGAAAUUACUCAUAAGAUCUUUGGGCGACUAACAGCCGCGACUGUUUUGAUUUCUAAAACUCAUUCUUUGUUAUUUAAAAGACAGGUUAUAUGGGUAUGAACUGAUCUGUAUUUUAAAUUAGACUUCGUAAGUGUUUUAACAUCUACAAGAUGAAUAGUAACCUCACGAGCCCAUCCAAGAACAAAAGCCUCCCGUUUUGGUGUCCUGACAAUCAUCAAUGUAACAUUCACCAGCGUUCAGAAAUAACGCAGCCAGAUUAAACGUGCUUACUUUGCAAUCAGGUGGUGUUGUUUUCGCAUUUGUCGUUAAUUUAAAGGUUGUCUAACCCUAGUAAGCGUAUUUCACUUACAUGACCGUUGCGAGAAGGACAUUGCUACUUGAUAUUUGAGAAAACAUCUUCCAUUUUGGUUUAUUCGACUUAAUAGUUCUUGUUUUGCGGAUUAUAACAUGAAACCGCAUGAAAGAGGACCGACUGAACACAAAAUAUUGACUGGUUUUGUUCAGCAUAAGGAAGAACGUGAGAGGUCGUGAAGAUGAGUUCUCAGCAGUAUCCACGUCCAGGACUCCCAUCUGGCCUGGGACAGGGACAAACACCAGGCAGCAAGACCACAGGACUUCCAGGAAGUCAGAAGAACACAGGAGGACAUGAAGACUCUAAUCAUGCUCCCCGUGAGCUGAUGUCCAGCGGAGCCACAGCGUUCAGAGAUGACAAGCAGGAGACGGUAGUGGUGCGACCCUACCCCCAACCCCAGACUCAGCCCCCGCCCCACGGAACAGCUCAGUCUCUGCCCCCUCCUCUCCCUCAGCACCUCCCCAUCCAGCCAGGCACGCCUGUCUCUGUGUCAGCACCACCAUCCCACCUCCCUCAGGGUCUUUCCCUAGCCUUCACUGAGGGUCCUCUGAAGUCUGCUCUGAAGACACCCAUGCCAAGCCGUGUAAUAGCUCCAGCACCUGUGUCAACACCAGGCCACCUCACUCUCCCCACUAAGGUGCCUGGUCAUAUAACCGCUGCCAUGGAGUCUACACAGGCCUCUGGUAUUCCUGUGGCGACCAUCAGUGGUCAGCAGGGUCACACUGGUAACCUGCAUCAUCUAAUGACCAACGUGCAGAUCAUCCGCAGCGGAGCCCCUGCUCUGCAGAUCGGCUCCACUGCUGCCCCUCAGCAUCCUUUCACCUCCCAUUUACCCAGAGGAGCGGCUGCUGCGGCUGUGAUGUCGAGUUCCAAAGGAACCACAGUGCUGAGACCAGCAGCCUGUCCGAACUCUGCCAUGGGGCAGCCUACAGUCCAGCACAUUAUCCACCAACCGAUUCAGUCUAGGCCUAUAGACAGCACCUCUACGGCAGUGCUGCCUACAGUAGUGGCUUCAGUGACUGCAACCAGACCUCAGUCUCCGGUUAUCACUACAGUGGCUGCCCACUCUGGAGACAUGGUACACGGUCGCUCUGCAAUGAUGAUCCACCCACCCCAUGCCACUUUAAGUAUCCAGCGCCCUCCGCCCUCACGGGACACGCCCACACGGAUCACCCUGCCCUCCCACCCUGCCAUUGCUGCUCAGAAAGCCCUUUCUCACUCUGUUGCACAGAAGCCCAUUUUCAGCACUGUGACACCUGUUGCUGCUGCAACAGUUGCUCCAAUUCAGGCCACCAAUACUGCACCCUCACCCACUACAACAGGCUCUACCCUACACACUCAAAUAUCCAGUAGCAGUAUUGUCACUAUGACCGUGGCCUCCCACUCCUCUCAUGCCACAGCAGUGACCACAUCCACCAUCCCUGUGGCUAAAGUGGUCCCGCAGCCCAUCCCACACACGUCAUCACGUAUCCAGCCCGAGUACACUGGGGAAAGGGGCAACCUCAUCCCUAUUUCUGGUCACCGCUCUUCUCCCAACCCCAUCACCAUGGAGAACCGCACUGACAACAGACAAUCUGUUCCAGUGCAAUUUCAGUACUUCCUGCCCACCUACCCAUCAGCACCGUACCCGCUGGCCCACACAUACACCCCCAUCACCAGCUCUGUGUCGUCCAUACGCCCUUAUCCAGUAACUGCUCAGGCGCCCAGUGCAGCCAUGCCCACUCAAGCCAGUGUAGGAGUCGCGUCUGCAGUUCAUCUGAACCCCAUGCAGCUGAUGACGGUGGACCGCAUUACUCAGAUCAACACUCAGAGCAUCCAACCAGCUGCCAUGGCAGCGCAGGGCAUCCAACCCACACCCAUCCCAGCCCAGGGCCUUCAUACAUCUGCCCAGAUCACCGCCCCGAGCAUUCAGCCUACACCAGUCAGCCAACAACAGCCCCAAACAGAGUCUAAAGCUUCAGUGGUUCUGGCUGAUGGUUCCACACUAGUGGCUAACUCUAUUAGCAAUGCAUUCAACACCAGUCAGCCUGCCACCACUGUGGCCCAGACGCACAAUCAGAGUGCCAACGCUGGAACCCCCUCACUUGUGACGUCUCCUCGACCCAGUAUUUUGCGCAAGAAACCUGCCAAUGAGGGUGCUGCUGUUAGGAAGAACCUGAUCCCAAGUCAGCUCAGUGAGUCCACAACUCCCAGAAUCGAUGGACACAUCAGAAGUGCAUCAGGUUCACCUCGUCCUGCAGGAGUGAAGCCUAAACCUGACAUCCACAUGAGUCUCGCGCCAUCAGUAGCCACAGCAAUAGAGACUGUUCCCAGCCAGGGAACUGAACAGCAACCUCAACAUGUGGGACCACCUCCCUCCCAGCUGGCUUCUCAACCUCUCCCCUCCCUCCUGACAUCAGCAGCGCCCCCCUCUCAACCCACACCUGCUCUUUCAGCCAUACCUGCUGCCAUGGCAGUCACCCCGCAAAUCCCCUCCAUGGCCAAUGUAGUGGCCCCGCCCACUCAGCCAGCUGCCAGCACUAAUUCAGCAUGUGCCAUCAGCUCCACCUUCCCAGAGAUGAAUAUUAAGCAGGAGGCGGAGCCUAUGGAUAGUACAAAACCAGUGGCAUCAGGGCCUAACAGUGGUGCACAUAUGUUGGCAGUCGCUGCUGCAGACAUCACCCCUGGAGCCUCCCCCAGAAAGAAGCCCCGCAAGCAACAGCACGUCAUCUCCACUGAGGAGAACGAGAUGAUGGAGACCAACAGCACAGAUGAGGAGAAGUUCCCAACCCAACCCCUCAGCCAGCGUGCAGAGAAGCGCAAGUCCCCUCCUAAAGAAUACAUCGAUGAAGAGGGAGUUCGGUAUGUUCCUAACCGAGUUCGGCCUCCGAUCACUCUACUGCGCCACUACCGCAACCCCUGGAAGGCGGCAUACCACCAUUUUCAGAGAUACAGUGACAUCCGUAUCAAGGAGGACAAGAAAGGCACCCUCCAGGAUGUGGCCAAUCAGAAAGGAGUAGUGUGCAGAGCCCAGGGCUGGAAAAUUCACCUCUGUGCAGCUCAGCUCAUGCAGCUGACAAAUCUGGAACGUGACGUUUACAGUCGUCUCACGACUCUCCAGGAAGGCCUCGCCCCGAAGAAGAAGGCUGGAGCCAAUGAUGAUCUUCACCGUAUAAAUGAGCUCAUUCAGGGCAACAUGCAGCGCUGCAAGCUGGUGAUGGACCAGAUCACAGAAGCCCGUGACUCUAUGUUGAAGGUGCUGGAUCACAAGGAGCGUGUGAUGAAGCUGCUCAACAAGAACAGCAGCACAAAGAAGCUCAAUAAGCUGAAGCGCAAGGACAGAGCAUGAGACAAACUGACCAGAUAUGGGACAGAGUUCAGCACGACCACAGACCCUCCUGCACCUCGACCCCUAGCAUGCAGGCACUCUGCCCUGCCUCACCCUAUCUCUACCAGAAGACAGUCCUGAUCUGUCGGCAAGAUGUCUUCAUCUGGCACACCCUUCCUUUCCCAGAAUCUGUAGGGAACAGCAAUGUUAAACUAACCACAACAUAUGCAUCCUUAACUGUAUCUUCACUGAAAUAUGAAUGUCUAAAUGUUUCAUUUCACAGUCACAAAGAGGUUACUUGAGAGUAGUUGUUGGAUGUUUAAGUUCUACGUAAUCAUCCAUGGAUGAACCACAGAUAUCCGUAAAAGCAAUGCUGUACAUAUUCAAGUUUAUAGAUUAUAUUCUCCACUUUUUCAUUUGGAUGCCUUGAAUGAUGACCUGGUUUUGACAGUCUUUACUGUACCAAACACCAAAUGGCAGUAUUACAUAAUGGCUGUUCUUCUUACUGAAAGGUUUCCAAUUUGUAUUGUAGCGUUCGAAACAAUAAGAAUUGAGAAGCCAUUACAACACCAUCCUCUCUGUCUUAGGUGAACAAAGACUGAAGUAUUUUACCACACGUGUAUUGUGGGAAACGUUAAAGGUGCUUUGGUGAAAUGGAGUAUUGUGCCUUUCUGUGUGCCUCAUAGGAUGUGUUUGGUGAAGGUUUGAUGGAGUCUAAAUGUCUGCGUCAUUUACGUUCUCGCGUCACUGCCUGUUGAUUUGUGAGGAAUGUUUUAUGUGUCAUCAGUCUUGCAAGCACUACUCCAGCUAUGGCUUUCUGGAUUAGCUCUUUAUUUGGUGGGGUGGGGGGGGGUUCAUUCAAGCAUUAAAGGUGGGAAAAUUAUGUUCAGAUAUGACAUGCCAAUCACAAUUUAGAGGAGAGAUUUGAUUGUGUGUGCACAGUUUUGUAUCUAAGUUAAACCUAAGUAUGUAAAAAGAAUAUAUAUAAGCCCUCUUUCAUUUUUGUUUCUUCAUAAAUGAACAAUAUUAUGUUUAUUUUUCCAGUUAAGUUGCUUGAAGCAGUGUAAGUUUUGGCAAAGGUAAAGCCUUGUAUAUUGUUUGAUUACUCAGUUUCAUUUUGAAUGACAUUUCAUGUUGCACUCUGCUGCUGAAGUAAAGACACUUUGUACAUGAA